GGUUCAAAAGGUGAACGGGACCACUGGCGAAGUGGGAGGACAAUCUGCAUCAAAACUCACGAGAGGCGGGCAGAAGGAAAUCGAGGCGUUUGAUGCGUGCCAUUUGCUGAUCCGCAACCCCUACAAAGCGCUAUGGCUGAAUUCAACCGGAAAUAUGGAGGCCAACACUUGGGUUUGGCUGCUCACGGCCCACUGGAAAGGGAAAGAAUGGCCAGAAUUUGUCAAGAACUAUGCCCCUUGGUGGGCGACGCACACCCUUGACUGGCUCAAAUACGGCAAAAGCGUCCUGGUGGUACACUUUGAGGACCUGAAACAAGACCUCUUCAUUCAGCUCAAGAGGAUGGUUAGCCUCUUGGGCAUCGCAGUCCUUGAGGACCGUCUUCUGUGUGUGGAAGGCCAGAAGGAUGGGAACUUCAAGCGAUCCGGGCUCAGGAAGUUGGAAUAUGACCCCUAUACCCUUGAGAUGAGGAAACUGAUCAACGGCUACAUCAAAACAGUGGACACGGCCCUGAAACUCAGAAACCUCACGGGGGUCCCAGAGGACUAUUACCCAAGAUGAUGGUCGUGUAGGGACCUCUUUCGGCUGGGAGGAACGGGAUCUGCCCAGGCAGGUGUGGCUUGGUUUCACCUGGCGAGUCACUAUUUCCACCCAGUGGGUGGCCCUUUUUCGGACCUCUGCUGCUCGCUGUUAACGAAUCCCCUUGCAUGAGCAAAAAGCAGUCAACAUCCACCAUUGCCAGCAGAAGAUGCCUUGGCAAGCCCACCCACACAGUUCUACGUUCACUAGGGACCAACAUUAACAUACGGAUGGGGGAGGUUUGCAAAAUGAAGCUAGAUCUUUGCUGCUGCUGUUUGGAAGAGUGUUGUCUCCCCUGCCCCACUUCGUAAUACGGAUCACCUCAGCUCUGUUCCAGGUGGUUGCAGUACCCAGAUCUUUUGGGCCGCCGCAGAGGCAUUGCUGGGGCCUUAUCUGAGCCAGGCAGUUUUCUAUUCCUGGUCAAAAACCCGUGGUCUGUUUGGCUGCCCUGAAACUCCUCAAGAUUCAGGUCUUUCAUUCAGACCUGGCUGGCGCUUGUACACACAUCCUGGGUUCCUCUACUCUGUACACUGGUUCACAUAUCUGCACACAAACACCUGGUGACUAUAGGCUGGUCUACUCAUACAGUAUACAGUGGUGCCUCGCAAGACGAAAUUAAUCCGUUCCGCGAGUCUCUUCGUCUUGCGGUUUUUUCGUCUUGCGAAGCACGGCUAU